GAGAGGGAAGGAAUGGGUCCCAAUGGGCAUGAGUAGGCUUCCCUCCCUGAGGGCAGCCAUGUCCGCUAAUAAAGGGUCUAAAGCCCAAGCUUUAAGCACCACUGCCCCUAUCCCCACGACAAAGACCUCUCCCCUACCCUACUCUCAUUCUCUCCUCCUCCACGGCCUUUGUGUAAACCACCCGCUGUUCUUCUGACCUCUGUCUUCUUCUUCUUUCUAUAUAAUUAUUCAGAACACUACAUCUGGUAUCCACUUAGCUGCUUGUAGCUCUUAGUUUUUAGAGACAAAUGGAGGACAUGAAGAGGCGCCAUAUACCCGCAUUUGGGAACUGGGAUUACUGCGACGAGCUCCCCAUUACCCAGUACUUCGAGUCUGCAAGGCAGGCCGGUUUGAUCCGUGGCCAUUACUUUGGAGAAGAUGGUGACCUUUUCAAGGUUCCAGUCCCUGUGAAACCCACUUACCACAACCAUCAUCAUCACCACCACCAGAAAAGGGUGAGGAAGGGAGAUGGAGAGAAGCAGCAGUAUGGGAAGGAGCAACAGAGGAAGCAGGGGAGGCGGUGUGAUGUCCGAGCUCAGAGCCCGAAGAAGCCAAGGCCUCCCAAGGCUGUGGACGAGGACUUGUACAAGAUACCCCCAGAGCUUCUCAAUGAAAAACCCAAGAGGAAGAGGAUGCUGACGAGUUUGUGGUCAGGGUGCCUGGGACUUAACUGCAUUGCCUGAGAAUGGAGGGAGAGAGAGGGUGAAGCAGAGGUGCAGCAUCCCAGCGCGUGCAGCGUACCUUUGCUUUCAACUUUUUCUUCAGUUUCUUCCUUUGAUUAAUGCGUGAUGUGAUGCAUCGUGAGACUGUGUCUUUUCAAUAAGGAAUGGGAAAGACUGACUCUGUAGCCGUUUGUGUAGUAGUGUUACUUGUUUUUUUCCUAUAUACGGGGUAAUUAAACUUGUAUUAAGGGUAUUUGGUAAUAUAGAUAAUUGAAAAA